AUGGUAGUUAGAGAGCAAGAACCUACCGUUAUGGCCGAUUCAUACAAGGGGGAAAAAGCGAAUCCCGGAUCCCAGGAUCCCAUUGGAUCCCGUGGAUCCCGCUGGUUCCCGGUGGAUCCCAGUGGAUCCCGGUGGAUCCCAGUGGAUCCCGGUGGAUCCCAGUGGAUCCCAGUGGAUCCCGGUGGAUCCCAGUGGAUCCCAGUGGAUCCCGGUGGAUCCCAGUGGAUCCCAGUGGAUCCCGGUGGAUCCCAGUGGAUCCCAGUGGAUCCCAGUGGACGUUUUUAA